ACCCUGACCCAAACCCUAGCUCCUCCGUCGUGGUCUGCGUUCUCCUCCCGCCCCCCCCCCCACCUCCGCCCCUCCAUGCGCGAGCUCGCCGCCUCCCACCACCUCGCCCAAACCCUAACCCUAGCCCCAACCUCCAAAACCUGCGUCUUUCUCCUCCUCUCCUCCUCCUCCACAUCCAAUCAGGCCAUCCACACUCACGAGUACCGAGCUUACUUGCUGACGAGGCCGUCGAUUCUCCGUCCGGUGUCCGUCGAUGUCAUCAACGUGGGUCCUAAGUUUAGGGGUCAGUACGGGGCGUUUUUGCCGGAGUCGUCGAUGGCAGGGUUUCCGUUGAUGCAGUGUAGGGCAAGGGUUUCGGACGAGGGGGAAGGGUAUAUGGACACGGAGAGUUCGAAUGCGAGCGAGAAUGUGGUGGAUUGGAGUGUGGAGGGGUUUGGGGUGGAGAGGUUGGAGGGGUUGAUGGGAGAGAAGGCGGCCGAGUACACGAGGGAGUUGGAGGACUUGUAUGGGAAGAUGAUGGGGAAGCUUGAGGGGUUGGUCAGGUUGGUGGAGGCGAGCUCGGUGAAGGUCCAUGAACAGGAGAGUCGAAUUUCAGUGUUGCAAAGGAAAAUGGCAGGUCUUGAUUAAUGAGUCCUGUGUUGUGAGGUCGUUUUUGUGCCAGAAGACGGAAGCCCUCAAAGAUGAAAACAUUUUCAUGGGAUGAAAGCGCCAGAUGCGGCGGCUAACUGGUUAUGCUCUUUUGGAAUGUUGUAUUAUCCAGUCUCUUAAAUGUAAAUUGCAAGUUAUAAUGACUUUUAUUCUUAUAGAGGGUGUUUGUUGUGAGGAUCUGUUCGCGAGAUCACUAAGAUGCAUCAGCUUUGUUGGAUUUGUGCAUGGCGGAUCCCAACCAUUGAUUAGGGACCCAUGAUUAUGAAGAUUCAUGAGGCUGAAGGCCUUUUCUUUUCUGUUGUUUCCUGUAUUUGUCGGGGAUGAAGUACAGUACAGUCGUGUGUGGAGUACAUCUAUUCCUGGGUGAUUACAGUUGGUUGAUUCUGGGUGAACAAUGCAUGGAACCAAUGUUGGACAUAAUUUGUUCUGUAUUGAUUCAAAUAUCACUUGGG